AGUUUCUGGAGAUCUUCCUCUCUUUCUAACAGGACCCAUCAGAGACCAGACCCUGCUGAACCUGGGCCCAGCUGUGUGUCCAUGAAGAGACACCGGUCCACGGAGACACCCCCACUUUAAAAACAAGGAAACCUGUAAUGGAGCAAAAAAGUGUGAGGGAGAGAAUUGAAAAGGAGAGCAGGACAGUGGAAAUAGAGAAGAGGAGAAGGAGGACCCAUCAGGGACCAGACCAUCCUGAUCCUGAUCCUGAUCCUGAUCCUGAACCCAGCUGUGUGUCCUUCAAGAGCGACUGGUCAUAUGAUGUCCUCUUUAACUUUAAAGGAGAACAACCCUCUGCUGGAAGGAGACUGGACCAGGAGAGCUCAGAAGGUCCCAGUGGUCAGCCUGCCCAGCAGCAUCAAACCCACCUGGACUCCAUCUUUAUGCUUCUGGAGGACGGCAUCAUCACUUUUGUGAAGAACGAGCUGAAGAAGAUUCAGAAGCUUCUGAGACCAGAUUACCCAGAAUGCCCAGAGAGUCAGAGUGAGGGUGAGGAUGAAGAGCAGAGGAGCAGCAGAGAGGCGUUUCUGAAGAUCACACUGCACUUCCUGAGGAGAAUGAAGCAGGACGGGCUGGCUGACCGUCUGCAGAGCAGAAGUCCAGCAGGAGUUUCUAAGUGUAAACUCAAAUCUAAGUUAGACAGGAAGUUCCAGCGUGUGUUUGAGGGGAUUGCUAAAGAAGGAGACCAAACCGUUCUGGAUCAGAUGUUCACAGAGAUCUACCUCAUGAAGGGAGGGGCUGCAGAGGUCAAUGAUGAACAUGAGGUCAGACAGAUUGAAACGGCAUCCUGGAAACCAGACAGACCAGAACCAAUAAUCAGACAAGAAGACAUCUUUAAAGCCCCACCUGGAAGAGAUGAACCAAUCAGAACGGUGAUGACAACGGGAGUGGCUGGCAUCGGGAAAACAGUCUUAACACAGAAGUUCACUCUGGACUGGGCUGAAGGCAAAGCCAACCAGGACAUCCAGUUCUUAUUCCCAUUCACCUUCAGAGAGCUGAAUGUGCUGAAAGAGAGAAAGUUCAGCUUGGUGGAACUUGUUGAUCACUUCUUUAGUGAAACCAAAGAAGCAGGACUCAGCAGGUUUGAAGAGGUACAGGUGGUCUUCAUCUUUGACGGUCUGGAUGAGUGUCGACCUCCUCUGGACUUCCUCAACACUGAGAUCCUGACUGAUGUUACAGAGUCCACCUCCGUGGGUCUGCUGCUGACAAACCUCAUCAGGGGGAAUCUGCUUCCCUCUGCUCGCCUCUGGAUAACCACACGACCUGCAGCAGCCAAUCAGAUCCCUCCUGGGUGUGUUGACAUGGUGACAGAGGUCAGAGGGUUCACUGAUGCCCAGAAGGAGGAGUACUUCAGGAAGAGAUUCAAAGAUGAGGAGCAGGCCAGCAGAAUCAUCUCCCACAUCAAGAGAUCCCGAAGCCUCCACAUCAUGUGUCACAUCCCAGUCUUCUGCUGGAUCACUGCUACAGUUCUGGAGAAGGUGUUGAAGACCAGAGAGGGAGGAGAACUGCCCAAGACCCUGACUGAGAUGUACAUCCACUUCCUGGUGGUUCAGUCCAAACAGAAGAAUGUCAAGUAUGAUGGAAGAACUGAGACAGAUCAAACCUGGAGUCCAAAAACUAGGAAGAUGAUUGAGUCUCUGGGAAAACUGGCUUUUGAGCAGCUGCAAAAAGGCAACCUGAUCUUCUAUGAAUCAGACCUGACAGAGUGUGGCAUCGAUAUCAACGCAGCCUCAGUGGUCUCAGGAGUGUUCACACAGAUCUUUAAAGAGGAGAGUGGACUGUACCAGGACAAGGUGUUCUGCUUCGUCCAUCUGAGUGUUCAGGAGUUCCUUGCUGCUCUUCAUGUCCAUCUGACCUUCACCAACUCUGGAGUCAACCUUCUGGCUGAAGAACAAACAACAUCCAAGCUAUCUAAAUUCUUCAGAGUCAGACUAAAACAAACAUUAUCAGCACGUUUCUACCAGAGAGCUGUGGACAAGGCCUUACAGAGUCCAAAUGGACACCUGGACUUGUUCCUCCGCUUCCUCCUGGGUCUUUCACUGCAGACCAAUCAGAGUCUCCUACGAGGUCUGAUGACACAGACAGGAAUUAGAUCAGAUACCAAUCAGGAAACAGUGGAGUACAUCAAGGAGAAGAUGGAUAAGAAUCUGUCUGCAGAGAGAAGCAUCAAUCUGUUCCACUGUCUGAAUGAACUGAAUGAUCGUUCUCUAGUGGAACAGAUCCAACAGUCCCUGAGUUCAGGACGUCUCUCCACAGAUAAACUGUCUCCUGCUCAGUGGUCAGCUCUGGUCUUCAUCUUACUGUCAUCAGAAGAAGAUCUGGACGUGUUUGACCUGAAGAAAUACUCUGCUUCAGAGGAGACUCUUCUGAGGCUGCUGCCAGUGGUCAAAGCCUCCAAAAAAGCUCUGCUGAGUGGCUGUAACCUGUCAGAGAGAAGCUGUGAAGCUCUGUCCUCAGUUCUCAGCUCCCAGUCCUCUAGUCUGAGAGAGCUGGACCUGAGUAACAACAACCUGCAGGAUUCAGGAGGGAAGCUGAUCUCUGAUGGACUGAAGAGUCCACACUGCACUCUGGAGACUCUCAGUCUGUCAGGCUGUCUGAUCUCAGAGGAAGGCUGUUCUUCUCUGGUCUCAGCUCUGAGCUCCAACCCCUCCCACCUGAGAGAGCUGGACCUGAGCUACAAUCAUCCAGGAGAUUCAGGAGUGAAGCUGCUGUCAGCGGGACUGAAGGAUCCUCUCUGGAGACUGGACACUCUCAGGGUGGAGCCUGCUGGAGUCAGAUGGUUGACACCAGGUCUGAGGAAGUAUUCCUGUGAACUCACAGUCCACACCAACACGGUGAACAGGACCCUCAAACUGUCUGACAACAACAGGAAGGUGACACAUGUGUUGGAGUAUCAGCCAUAUCCUGGUCAUCCAGAGAGGUUUGAGACCUGGUAUCAGCUGCUGUGUAGAGAUGGUCUGACUGGUCGCUGUUACUGGGAGGUCCAGACCAGAGGACGGGUUCAUAUAUCAGUGAGUUACAGAGGAAUCAGGAGGAGAGGAGGCAGUAGAGACUGUGUGUUUGGUCGUAAUGAUCAGUCCUGGAGUCUGGUCUGCUCUGAUGAUAGUCGUUACUUUGUCCGUCACAAUGACAGAGAAACCUCCGUCUCCGUCCCCCGUGUCUCUGGUAGAGUAGCAGUGUAUGUGGACUGUCCUGCUGGCUCUCUGUCCUUCUACACAGUCUCCUCUGACUCACUGAUCCACCUCCACACCUUCAACACCUCAUUCACUCAGACCCUCUAUCCUGGGUUUGGGAUCUGGUCUCUUGGCUCCUCAGUGUAUCUGAGUCCUGUGGAGGACGGAGAGUCUCCUCCUGUCUCUCACUGCUGAUCAGCUAAGUCUGGACAGGAUCACACACACACACACACACACACA